UUUAGGAUGCCAGACAGCGAGUUGGUCAAGAAAAUACUGAGGUCUGUACUCCAGUCCAGCAAGGCUGGUGUGCCCAUUGACAGAGUUGAUGCAGAAUAUCGGUUGCUGUGUGGCGAGACCAUUCCAGUGGGAAUGCUCGGCUUCUCAAAUCUAGAGGACUAUCUGAGGAGCAUCCCUUCUGUAGUCCGUAUGGAGUAUCGCAGGGGCGAGCUGACAUGUUUUGCUGAAGUGUGUGAAGAGACAACCCAUAUUGCAGAGCUGGUAGCCAAGCAGAAAAAUUCCAAGAAAUCUCGUAGUCGUCUUAAUCGUGUCAGCUGCAGAAAGAGACCCAAGUUUUCCAUCUCUGGCACACCCAAUGAUACGUGGCUCAACAACAACAACAUGCCGGAGUCUGUCUUCAAGCUACACGAGCGAAUACUCUUCCGUGCGGACAGAGACCAGCAGCACUCCGGUAAAAGCAGAGGAGGAGGGCUGUGCAUCUACAUUAACAAAGUAACAGGGGACUUCAACCAUGUAAACCUGCAAGACAUUCGCCCCAAAUUCCACCAGCAUUCCAGUGUCGAAAAGCAGGGACACCAUCACAAAGACCAUCUCUGUGUGGCCAAUGGUUGCUGUGUCCAUGUGUCCACCGACUGGCAAAUGUUCAGAGCGGCUGCAACAACAGGGAGCAAUGUGGACCUGGAGGAAUACUCAUCAACUGUGCACUGCUACAUCCGGAGCUGCAUAGACAAUAUGACCACCUCCAAGACCAUCACCAUCAGGCCAAACCAGAAACCCUGGAUGACCAGAAAGUUUGACCAAAGCUUAAGCUCCAUUACUCCUGUUGAAAAGAGGCAACCAGCUGCCCUGCAAGCUGUGAACCAGUGUGUCAGGACUGACAGGAUGAAGAACCUUUGGGCAGACGACAAGAAGCCUUCAGGGAAGGCCCCUGAGAAAAUCUCCAGAUGCAUCACUUCAAAGGCGGAGCAAGGUUUUGGAUUUAACAAAGCUGAUUGCCUGGACUGUCCCCAUCUUCAUCCCAAGCUUUCUGCUUGCUCUGGACGUAGCGCCAUGAACAUCUUCUGCAAAUCACAGCCUGUUUCAUCUUCUGCCAUCAUUCCCAUACUGCCUCUGCAAACUCCAAACAUCCUCAGUUCUUCUGUUAGACCUAAACCUGAAGUUCCUUCCAAAAACAUUCUGCCUGAGCUGGCCAAGCUGUCGUCUCCAGUCACAUUAUGCAGCCCUGCUACCAAACCAGGGCCUACUCCUUCGCUGUCCUCUUGUGAGACUCUGGGCCUGAGGUCUGGUUGCAACAAUUCUACUACUGAUGCCUCGCUGAACUGUUUCCAUCUCCAUAAUGGCUCAGAGAAUUUGAAUUGCACCACUCCCAUUCACCAGUCCUUGUUGAAGUCUGCUUUCUCUUCCUCUAAUUCUAUUUCCACAACACCCUCAGACUCUUCUGUUGCAUUGCCAGAUGAGGUGCGUCAGAGACUGAAGAAACUCUUGGGAAAGUAUAAUCAUGGUGUGUGGGCCCAUGCUUUGCCUAAACUCUUCAUGGACACAUUCAAGGUCCCUUUUCCAGAACAUCUUUUGAGUAACCUGUCCCUGUUCUUGGAUAUAUGCUCAAUAGACUAUCCCAUUCCACAUGACAAGAACAAGGCAAUCCUAUAUCUUUCUCCCAAAGCAAACACAGUAAAUGCAAAUGGCCAAGAAACACUGCAGCACAAAAAGAAUAACCAUCCUAAUCGUCUUGAGGUGAUUGGCCCGGUGGCUCCUCCCUCUCUGGUUCCACCCCCAGAACAGAACCCCUCUGUACUCGUCAAUGAUGCCAAGAGCACCACUGCUGCUACUGUCAGCAAAGAUUCUGCCCAGCCCCAUGUGAUAAACCCUGCUGUUGGUCAGCUGGUAUCAGCAAGACUGGAAGAAGGAGGCAGGGCUCAGGUCAUGGACAUCAUGGCCCUGGACAAGGUUAAGGUGUACAAUGUGGACGACUGCUUUUCUUUGGAGACCAGGGCAGCCCAUCUUUGGGAGCUGUGCCAAGAUGUCCUCUCUCUAUCCGUCCAGGCUACCAAUGUUAUCACCACAGAUGCAAAGCAGACACUAAUGAUGCCGCCGCCGCCACUGGAGCUUCCCACGGCUGGAGAGAAUGUUGACGUGUUUGUAUCGGUGGCUUGCCACCCUGGUUACUUUGUAAUCCAGCUUUGGCAAGACCUCCAUAAACUGGCGGUGUUGAUGGGAGAAAUGGUUAUUUACUAUAACCAGAAUGCUUCGAGUGUAGAACCAUUGGCCACUGAUGUCAGGAAGGGAGACAUCUGUGCUGCUCAAAUAGGCAAGGGCUGGUAUCGUGUGAUGGUGGAAGGGAUCCUCACCAAUAGGUUGGCAUCAGUCUAUGACUUGGACCGCGGCAAACGUGAGCUGAUCUGCUUUAAUCUCCUCCGACCUCUCAUACAGGAGUUUCGACAGCUGCCAUUCCAGGCAGUUACCGCACAACUGGCAGGUGUGACACAGCACCAUUGGUCUGAGAAAUCCGCCAUGUUGUUCAGGAACCAUGUGGAACAGCGGGCGUUGGUCGCCCACGUGGCGAGUGUCCUUGAAGAGUCAAAGGAUCAGUGUGACUUACAGGAGCCCAGGUUGACUGUUUAUCUGGUGGACACCACAGUGGAGGACAGGGAUGUUUGGAUUCACACCCUAAUGGCAAACAUUGAUGACCAGUCCUCAGCCGCUAAGAACUCCCCCGCUAACUAGCUCUAUUUUGAUCAACCUGUUGGCAUGUUGUUUAUUUUUGAGAGAGAACUUUUAUGGUGGUGCUAACAAAACAAGGGAGUUUUUGUUUCCCCUUAAGUGUGUUCUUUAAUGUAGCCCAUCGGUUGUUAGUACUAUUGUGUCAACUUAGUGUCACAUUUGAAACCAUAAUAUUUAGUUCAUUGCAUGUUGACUUGCUGUGUAACUUUUCUUUAGGUUUUUAUUUUGGUCAAUAUACGUGAAAUAUUGCUUGUUGUUCUUUGUCCUGAUAUACCU